AUGGUAGCAGCCGUGCUUCUGGGCCUCCUGCUGCUCGGAACUCGAGGUCUCCGUGGGCAGAUUGUGCUCACUCAGUCGGGUUCGCCCCUGCCGGCCUCCCCGGGGGAGACGGUGUCCAUCACGCGCAGGGCCAGCCAGAGCCUCCUCUUCUCGGACGGGAAGCACUACUUGUCCUGGUACCAGCAAGGGCCCGGGCAGACCUUCCGCGCGCUCCUUUACCACGCUUCCACCCGCCGUGACGGGGUCCCCGCCCGCUUCAGUGGCAGCGGAUCUGGGUCGGAAUUCACCCUCACCAUUGCUGACGUGGAGCCCCAGGACUUUCAGACUUACUACUGCCUUCAAACCCUGAAGAGCCCUCCCACAUUUGCCAAAGGGACCAAACUAGAGAUCAAAAGAUCUGAUGCUGCCCCAACAGUUUCCAUUUUCCCACCAUCUUCGGAACAGAUACAGACUGGAAGCGCCUCGCUUGUGUGCUUCCUGAAUAACUUCUACCCCAAAGACGUCAACGUCAAGUGGAAGGUGGACGGCAGUGAGAAGACGAGUGGCGUCCUGAACAGUUUAACAGAGCAGGACAGCAAGGACAACACGUACAGCCUCAGCAGCGUCCUGACGCUGAGCAGCUCAGAGUACAACAGCCAUAAUCUCUUUACCUGCGAGGUGAACCACAAGGCCUUGACUUCAGCCAUUGUGAAGACAGUCAAUAAGAACGAUUGUUAGAGCCAGAGAGGCUCUUGGGCACCACCACCUGCUCCUCGGGCCCCAGCCUGAACCCUCCCCCAUCCAGGCCUCGGGCCUUUCCCACAGUGACCCCGGUUGCAGUCCUCCAUCCGCUCUCCCCACCUCAUCCUCUCACCCUCCUGGGUUUUAGCCAUGCUAAUGUUUGGGGGAAGACAAUGAAUAAAGUGAAUCUUUGCACUUGA